AUGGCAAACCCAUACCCUUUCCAAGACAAGGUCAUUGUUGUCUCUGGUGCUAGUCGCGGGACAGGCCUGGCCCUCUCUCGUUACCUUUUGGUACGUGGAGCCAAGGUUUCCAUGGCUGCUACUUCGGAGGAGAAUCUGAAGAAAGCCGUUGCUGGUAUUGAGCAGGAUAUCCCUGACGUGAAGGAUCGGGUCAUCUAUUUUCCCACAGACGUCAGGAACCCUGAUGAUGUUAAAGCUUGGAUUGAAGGGACCGUUGCCAAGUGGGGAGAGUUGGACGGUGCUGCAAAUGUUGCAGCCAAGAUGAACAAAAGUAUUCACCCCAUUGAAGACCUUGAACUUGAGGAGUUGAAGGAGGUUCUCGAUGUGAAUGUCAUCGGCACCUUUAACAGUAUCAAGUACGAGAUGAAGAAUAUGAAGCCUGGAGGCAGCAUCGUCAACUGCGGCAGUCAACAGGUCAAGUAUGCUUCAG